UCAAAGAUACUACUGCAUGGACUUUGGGACGGGUCUCGUAUCUUUUGAUAGAAUGUAUUAAACCCGAUGUUCAUCUUCACCAUCUUAUCGCCUCAUUGGUUUAUGGACUUAAAGAUUCGCCUCGAAUCGUUUCGAAUUGCUGUUGGGCAAUAAUGAGUUUAUCCGAUUCGUUUGGCAAUAAUAAGGAUGGAACAGCACAAACUUAUCCACUUUCACCUUAUUUUGAAGGAAUUGUCACUGAACUCUUAACCACCACCGAGAGAACUGGUAACGAAUCCAAUGCACGAACAUCAGCUUACGAGUGUAUUUCCAGUCUGGUCACAGGUGCAGCUUUGGACUGCUUUGGUAUAAUUCAAAAGUUGACUGUUACUAUUAUUGAAAGAUUAGAAGUGUCAAUUACCCAGCAAAAUCAAAUUUUAGGACAAGAUGAAAAAGCUGCUCAUGCAGAGUUGCAAUCAAACCUUUGUAGUGUUUUAACGAGUAUUAUACGUAAACUCAGAACUGAGGUUGUACCAUUUGCUGAUAGAAUAAUGACCACAUUGAUUACUAUGUUUGAUACACAACACAAAGCCUCUACUACACUAGAAGACGGUUUUUUGGCAGUAGGAGCGAUGACAACCGCGCUUGAAGCUGAUUUUACACGUUAUCUGGAUGCCUUUGCGCCAUAUCUUUACCAUGCGUUUUCAAAUCACGAGGAACAUCAACUCUGUAAUAUUGCUGUAGGACUUAUCGGUGAUAUUUGUCGUGCACUUCAAGAGCAGUCAUUGCCUUACUGUGAUACCUUUAUGAAUGCUCUCUUGCAAAAUCUACAAAGUCCGGUACUUCAUCGAGAUGUGAAACCAGCAAUUCUUUCUUGUUUCGGAGAUAUUGCACUUGCAAUAAGUGGUCGAUUUGAUGUAUAUCUGGAAGUGGUUAUGAUGGUUCUUUUACAAGCGAGUAACAUGCGUGCAACGGAAAAUAACUAUGAUAUGAUAGAAUAUGUAAAUAACCUUCGUGAAGGUAUUCUUGAGGCAUAUGUUGGUAUUGUUCAAGGCUUGAAGACGGGUGAAAAGGCGGACUCGCUCGCUCCAUAUGUGAACCAAAUUUUCCAAUUCUUAUCUAACACUUAUAAUGAUCCUGAAAGAGGUGACACGCUCAUUCGUGGAAUAAUUGGCUUAUUAGGUGAUCUGGCUGAAGCAUUUCACGACGGACAAAUUAAGACGGCCUUCCAUCAAGACUGGGUUGCAGCCGCCUUAAAAGAAGGCAGGACAAAUCGAAGCAUGCCAGGAAUAAGAGAGGUUACUAGAUGGGCUAAAGAGGUACGCGGGCUAGCCAAUAAAUCGGUCUUAUCAACAUUCAUGAACAUUGGGUUUAAUACAUUCUAUCAAAAGAUACGAGACCCGUCCCAAAGUCCAUGCAGUA